AAGACGGUGGCCGAGAAGGCUCUGGAAGGCGGACGGUAGCCGAGAAGGACCGGCAUGGAGCACCUGGAGCGCUGCGCGUGGUUUCUCCGCGGGACGCUGGUGAGGGCGACGGUGCGGCGCCACCUGCCCUGGGCGCUGGUGGCCGCCAUGCUGGCGGGCUCGGUCGUCAAGGAGCUGUCCCCGCUGCCCGAGAGCUACCUCAGCAACAAGCGCAACGUCCUCAACGUGUAUUUUGUUAAAUUGGCCUGGGCCUGGACAGUCUGUCUCCUCCUGCCUUUCAUUGCCCUUACCAACUACCACCUGACGGGCAAGACCAGCCUGGUCCUGCGGCGGUUGAGCACCCUCCUCGUGGGCACAGCCAUCUGGUAUAUCUGCACAGCCCUCUUCUCCAACAUUGAGCACUAUACAGGCAGCUGCUACCAGUCCCCGGCCCUGGAGGGCAUCAGACAGGAGCAUCGCAGCAAGCAGCAGUGCCACCGGGAAGGGGGCUUCUGGCAUGGCUUUGACAUCUCGGGCCACUCCUUCCUCUUGACCUUCUGUGCGCUCAUGAUUGUGGAAGAGAUGGCCGUGCUGCAUGAGGUGAAGACGGACCGCGGCCACCACCUCCAUGCCGCCAUCACCACCCUGGUUGUCGCCCUGGGUUUCCUGACCUUCAUCUGGGUGUGGAUGUUUCUGUGCACAGCCGUUUAUUUCCACGACUUGACCCAGAAAGUGUUCGGCACCAUGUUUGGUUUGUUGGGCUGGUACGGAACAUAUGGGUAUUGGUAUCUGAAGUCUUUCUCUCCAGGACUUCCUCCCCAGAGUUGUAGUUUGACUUUGAAGCGAGAUACUUACAAGAAAUGAAAGAGAAGGACAUAGGGACAGGAGGACAAUGGCUAAUAGGAUUCCCACGUACUUUGUCCAGUACAGAAUUAUCUGUCCCAUUUCAGAGAGGGCCCUUACUAGGUACCUUUGGUGUGGGGGGCGCUUGGGGAACAAGCUUAGUUGGCAGACUCUGCUGGCGGUGCCACCAUGUUGCCAGCAGUGCUACUCCUGUCAGAUUCUUCUCAUCUAUGGCAAGAUGUGACCUUAAUCUGUCCCCAGAGGGAGAGCUGAGGCUCAGCAGAGGGAGAGCAGCCUGCCUCAUCGUGUGGGUCAAGAGAGAAUCAGGGCUUCAGGAUUCUCUGCUGUGGCCUCCCCGGCUCUGCUUCUCUUUAGAGUUUAGAGGCCACAGUAAUGCUGUUCUUCUAACAGCUUCCCCAUGGCCAACUCUGAGAUAAGCCUUUGUCUCUGGCAGGCUCUUUGUUAAAUACCCCAAUGCCUCAAGGACACUCUCUGGCUGUAGCAUCCGCGUCCUCUGUGGAAUGUUGACAUUUCACCUGGCCAUGAUUCCCAACAGGGGCCCAUGACCCCGAAGUGCCUGGAUGGUUGUUGUUGUUGUUUCUCUGUGUAGCCCUGCGUGUUCUGGAACUCACUCUGUAGACCAGGCUGGCCUCAGACUCAGAGAUCUGCCUGCCUCUGCCUCCCGAGUGCUGGGAUUAAAGCUGUGUCCACCACGGCCUGGCCUGGCACUUGGAUGGUUUCUUUUUCUGUCCACACUAUGUAUCGUUAUGUCUUGGGGUUUGGAGCAGUAACAGAGAACCCCAUUUUCUCUCUUCUCUCCU